AACAAGAAUACUUUAUUAUAGUAAAUAAUUGAAAUUUUAUAAUAACUUAAGCAGUUAAACAAGUAAUUUAUUUCUUAAAGAAUGUCUCGAAGUACUAGAAGUGUUUCAUCAAAAAUUAGUCCACAAAAACAUUUGCUAGAUCUAAGCGUAACUAAUUACUAUGAUUAUGAAUACUUUUAAACUCCUAAAAGCUUUGUUUAGAGCUUGCAAGAAACUCCUAAUAGACUUCCUAACCAUUAUAGGAAAAACUUAAUGUUAAAAAUAUAAGAUUAAUAUGAUAAGUUUGAAAAUAAUAUGAAAAAGAAAUAGAUUAUGCAAGUUUAAUAAAGAAUGAAAGUAAAUGAGUUUGAGUAAUAUAGAGAAAAUAAACUUAAUUGUUUAGAUUAAAAUUUAAGCAAGACAACAGAGUUAAAGGCGAAAAAAAUUGAAACAAAAGUAAAAAAAAUCUCCGAGCAUAAUACCCAUGUUUAGUAAACUCAACAAAAACAUAAAACUGAUAUUAAAUAGGAUAGUAGAGAAAAAGCUAAAAAUAUUAAGUCAUACCAAGAUGAUAUGAGUUAGUUUAUGGAAACUAGAGAAAAAUCUUUUUUUUUAACCUCUCAAACUAGAAAUUUAUCAUAGAUGUAAGAAAGAGAAAAUUAUAAAAAAUAAAAAUAUGACAUUGAGCUUGAGCAGUCAAAUAAAAAAUACCAUUAAUUGACUGAUAAAUUGGAAUCAGGAAAAUAAAAAAGAGAAAUGAUUUUAGCUUAAAAAACUUAAACAGCAGCUAAAGUAGAUUAAAUUUUAGAAUAAAAUUUGAGUAUCCAUGAGAAAAAUUUGUAGAGACACUAGAAUGAAAUGUUAGCAAAAAUGACUGAGAAAUUAGAAAAAAUAAAUAUGACUAAUAUCAUCAAAGAGAAGGCUAAUUAGAUUAUUAUGGAGAAAUAGAAACAAGAAUAAAAAGAAAAGAAUGAAGCUUUACAGAGCAACUAGCAAAAAUUAAGAGAAAAUUAACUUUAACGUGUUAAAAUUUUGAAUUAAAAAUUUAAUUCUCCGGUUAAGCUUUAAAAAUCACCAUCGAAAUUAAAUGUUGAUGAAUAAAUAAUUAAAGUUUUAACCAAUUAUGAUAAAAUAAAGUAGAUGCAAGAAAUAAAGAAUUAGUAGCUAUUACAAAAUCAUUUAGAAUAUACAACAAAUAAUAAAAUUCUUAAAGUAUCUUAUGAUAAAUUAAAUGAUUAUAAAAGAAGAGCUUAUUUCUUAUAAAAGAAAGAUGACAUAUGA